CAGCGGCCCUAGGCUGACGGGCGAAGAUGGCGGCGUCCAUCUGGGUGCGCGCUGCCCUGUUGUGGUUUUGUGCCUCCGACCUUCUCCUGCUGCUGCCUUUCCCCGGGGCCUGUGCGUCCGGGACGCCCGAAGACGCGACAACGUCCCCUCCACGGAAGAAGAAGAAGGACAUUCGUGAUUACAAUGAUGCGGACAUGGCGCGUCUUCUGGAGCAGUGGGAGAAAGAUGAUGACAUAGAAGAAGGAGAUCUUCCAGAACACAAGAGACCCUCGGCACCCAUCGAUUUCUCCAAGAUGGACCCAGGCAAGCCAGAAAGCAUCCUGAAAAUGACGAAGAAAGGAAAGACUCUCAUGAUGUUUGCCACAGUGUCAGGGAACCCCACUGAGAAGGAGACAGAGGAGAUCACCAGCCUGUGGCAAGGCAGCCUCUUCAAUGCCAACUAUGAUGUCCAGAGGUUCAUCGUGGGAUCAGACCGUGCUAUCUUCAUGCUUCGGGAUGGCAGCUAUGCCUGGGAAAUCAAGGACUUUUUGGUCAGUCAAGACAGGUGUGCUGAUGUGACCCUAGAGGGACAGGUGUAUCCUGGCAAAGGAGGAGGGAGCAAGGAGAAAAAUAAAACAAAGCAAGAAAAGGGCAAGAAGAAGAAGGAAGGAGAUACAAAAUCGCGGGCUUCCAAAGACGACAACCAAACUGGAAAGAGAAGAGAAGACCUGUAGUGGGCUGUGCGCCUUGUGCUGCAGACAGGACAGCAGAGCCCUUAUGGACAGGCACACAGGGCAGUGACCAGUUGGUCUAUAUCACAGUAACUGUUAAGAAGGCUUCACUAAGCUGGGCGUGGUGGUGCACGCCUUUAAUCCCAGCACUCGGGAGGCAGAGGUAGGAGGAUCGCCAUGAAUUCGAGGCCAUCCUGAGACUCCGUAGGGAAUUUCAGGUCAGCCUGAGCUAGAGUAAAACCCUACCUCAAAAAAUGGAAAAAAAAAAGUUUCACUUAGGAAGGCAGGUUCUGUAAUAGUAAUGGACACUGGCAAGCCAUGUUUACUGCAGCAUGACCUCCAUGGAAACUCAACAGAUGCUUUGUUCCACUUUAGCUUGGUCAGUUCUUGACUCCCCAAAGUACAAUUCUCUCUCCACUGUACUUGCUCUGGUCCCAUGUCUGCUGUGUCUGUCUUUGGCUUUCUACUAACCAAAGAUGGCAAGAUGUAAUCAGACAAGCCUUUCAAACCUUGGCUCUUCUGAAUCAAAGUGUCCAUGGUACGGUCAUGGUUUCACUGUGUGGGGUAAGUGUGCUGUAGGAGCUGGGCAGCCAGCACCAGCGUCUGAGGACAGCCAGGAUCCAGCACUACACAGGAAGUGCAGGCAUUGAGGAAGAGCGACCCGAAAAUCCUAAGGAAUCAACCCUCUGCCACCUCCUAUGGCUGUGGAGCCCAGGGGUCUUCCGCUUCUCCUUGCUGAGGAGAGGGGACGCUGCGGUUGAACACUCAUGUUCUGUACAGUGUGAGAAAGGGACCAGUACUCUUUCAUGGUGUGACAUAAGACUUGAUGACUUCAUUUACAGUAUUUCAAGUUUCUUUUGUUUGAUUGUUUUUGUUUUUGAUAAAGUGCCUAAACUUGUGAUGUUUUUGUAUGACAGUCCGAUGGUCUGCUACUAAUCUUGUCUGGGUUUGCUGUCUGUAUGUUGGAGCCUUCUCUGAAUAAGACCAUUCACACAGAUGCCGUUUUUAAGAACCUGAAGUUUUUAAAACUUUGGUUGUGAUUUUCAGAAAUGACAAGCAGCACAUGUACGUGGCCAGCAAGUGUAACUGUUAAGGAAUGGUACGACGUGGAAGAUGUUCCCAGCUCGCCGCCAGUACAUUUUGCCUAUGUAGCUACUGUUGAUCAUUUGUUGAAAAAAUAAAGAUUGUUUACUGGCUUA